AUGCAGCUUCAGUGGAAAAACUUUUAUUUAUCUUUGUAUGCUUUGGAUAAAUUAGCCAUUCCGCGUCGGCCAUUGUCAAGUAGUCAGUUCAACAUCCAGCUUCAUGGAUUUUGUAACGCCUCACAGGAGGCGUACGGAGCAUGUGUUUACGCAAGAAUACAGAAUUCAAAUGGAGAAUUCGAAACAUCACUAUAUGUUUCAAAAUCAAGGGUAGCGCCACUUCGUGCGACCACUAUACCCCGGUUAGAACUCUGUGGUGCUAUACUACUCAGUGAUUUAACUACAGAAGUCAUUUCUGAAUUGAAAAAAUUGAAUAUAAGCCUACAUCAACGUGAUGUUGUACUAUGGUCAGAUUCAACUGUCGUCAUCGCCUGGAUAAACAGCACUCAGCCACUUAAGUCUUAUGUAUCAAUAAAAUUGCUCAAAUUUUAG